UGUUUGGCCACCGGAGCCAAUCGAAAGCGGGGCCUUGAUCCUCUCCUCGGGCAGUGGCUGCGCCGAGCCAGUGCCGCGCUCCCUGACCGGCACAGCCGCCUCGCUCUCUCCGCGCACCGCUGGCCCCACCGAGCGCCUAUGGGCAUCUGCAGCCGGCGAGGGCUUCGCACCACCGCCACCGGCAGCAGCGGCAGAGGGCGGCGACCGCCACCUCGCUUCAUCGCCCCUUGGGAUCUAUAGCCGGCGGACGGAGCGCGCUGCGGACUCUUCCCCGCCUCCGUGCAGGAUGGUUUGGAAAUUUGCCCUGUCCGUUCUUCUGAUGGCAGCACUGGUUCGAGUAUCGGACACCAAGAAAAGCCGCCCCGCAGGUGCCAUUCCCUCCCCGUACAAAGGCAGCAGCAGCAACCACUCGGAGCGGAGGCAGCAGCUGAACAAGGAGGUGCUGGCCUCCAGCCAGGAGGCUCUGGUGGUCACCGAGAGGAAGUACCUCAAGAGCGACUGGUGCAAGACGCAGCCGCUGCGGCAGACAGUCAGCGAGGAGGGCUGCAUCAGCCGCACCAUCAUCAACCGCUUCUGCUACGGGCAGUGCAACUCCUUCUACAUCCCGCGGCACGUGAAGAAGGAGGAGGAGUCCUUCCAGUCCUGUGCCUUCUGCAAGCCACACAAGGUCACCUCUUCGACCGUGCAGCUGGAGUGCCCUGAGCUGGACCCACCGUUCCGACUCAAGAAAAUUCAGAAGGUCAAGCAGUGCCGGUGCAUGUCUGUGAAUCUGAACAGCUCAGGCAAACUGUGAGAACGGGCAUGUAGCUGCUGCUUGGUGUUGUCUCCAUCAGCUUUACUGCUGCCUCUCCUCUCCGACUGAGCAGACUGUCCAUUUCAUUGGUUUGUUUCUUCUUUUCCUUUUUUUUUUGGUGUUUUCUUUCAGGAGGCAUCUCUCCAGCAAGGAAAGGCUCCUUGUCACUUGCCUACUGGAAUAACGCUUUAUAACCGGCUGUGUUAGGCACUUCACCAUAAAGUUUCAUUGUAUUUUAAAUAUCAUCUGGCAGUUGAAUCUUCUGGAGUGGAGCAGGCUCACAGAAGUUGGGAUUGAUCAUCUAAGUGACCAGUUGGCUGAAUCCAGCAUUAAAUGUUUCCACUGUGUGGAGUAAAGCCCUCUGCCCUACACUCCAGUUCCCUCCACAAAUUGAGAAUGCCUUCCCCGUGUUUUGGUCUGGAGCUUGCUUCUCUCACUUGGAAGUGCUGGGGUGCUGCCCAGGGCUGGGGGACACAGAUGAGGGAGAGUAAUGAGGAGUAAUGUGUGAAAAGCAAGUGAGACUUUCCGAUGAGGCUCCUCUCCUUAAGACGGCUCCAAUUGUGCAAUGACAAAUGAUUCUGGGCUUGUUGUCUGAGCGGCAGAUCAGAAGCAAGGGGAAGAGGGUGAGGCGCUGGGUCAGCCACGGUGACCACAGAGCAGACUGAGGGUGGGUUCUGAUGCUGUUGUGGUUAGAGUAUAUUAAACACAUGGCCUCUGCAGCAGUGUUUAUUUUGUAACCUAGCUAUAGUAAACAGCUGUUUAAAGUAUUACAGACCUAGCCAUGUAUAUUUUUCUUGUGGCAGAGUAUGCCAGCGAUUAAAACAUGUAAAGAGACUCGGUUGCUAGGUUGGCUGCCUGGCUUAAAAUGGACAUGGUUUUACUAUGCUUUUGGUAGGGUUUUGUAUGUUAGAUACGUGUGUGUGUUUCUUACUCCAAAAAGGACAGCAUCCAUUUAUGACCUUAUAUUUAUGCCUGCUCAAACCAGGGGAGGUAGAAGGGUAGUGGGAGAGAAUGUUUAAGGGAAUGAUGUGUCCCCAAAGGUAUAAAAGCAUUGUCACACAAAGGACAAAGUUUGGUCAUUGCUGGACUGAAUACAAAAGCUACAUAAGUGUCAUCAAGUUUUGGGAGUGGUGUCUCUCCCGCGAUUGGAAACCAUGUUAAUGUGCUAGUGUUAAAGGACAAAUGCCUCAAUUAGUGCUGCUGGAAUGGGUCACAGCUGUGGGAGUAGGGAGAGAGUAAGUUGUAAUUGCUACACUAUUGGUGGUCCACUCAGUUUUUGAGACCUGCACAAUAAGUGUUGGUGAACACUUGCAGUUCAUUUUAAAUCAUACUAUGUUGUUACUCAGUUGAUGGAGUUUAACAUGUCCUGUACAUCCCAUUUGUUACAGUUCUGAUUUGUAUUAGUCCCAGCUGCAUUAAAAUCCUGUCUCAAAUCAGCCCCUUCCCCCAGACCAAAGCCAGUGCACACGCAGUUGUCUGAAGCUUACAAAUUAAAGAUGACACGCCGACUCCCUGUGCGUGUUGCACAGCUCAGCAUCUGCAGCCCACUGCCAGAGCCCUCCCCACCAGCCUCUGUGCAUGCAGCCACUUCAAGGGGUUAAUGUGUUCAGCACUGUCACCAGCCAGAGCCACAGGUCCCCGUUAUGUGACACAGGCCUCCCUAAGAGGCUUUGAGGACUGAUCUCCACAAGAGCCCCAAGCGGUUUACAGGGACUGCCGUGGGCAGGGUGAGGUUGGUGGGCUCUGGCAGCCCUGUUACACGAACAGACGUCGCUUUUCUGCUCUGACCUUCCAACAUGUCACAAGUGCAUAGGGAGAAUCCUGGCACAGGGAAUGCGUUAGGGGCUGUUGCUGCUGCCCUGUGGCAUCAUGCCAGCCCCAGGAU